AUGAGCUUUCUGGAAAAAGAUCCCCAAGAACCUUCGACGGAGGACAGAACGACUAAGAAAGCUAGUUUUCAAGAUGACGACUUUCAGGCUACCUCUCCGCCGGUCAUGUCGUUCUGGGAUAAAGUUAUGCAAUCGGAGAGGGUUAGGGAAGAAGCCCUGACUGGAGCGUAUGAAGAUUUUGAGGUCAAUCCUGAUGAUGUUCUUGUCUUUAAAAAUGAGAGCACGCCUUCCAUUGCCUUCUCCGAUAGGGUGCAGGAAGAGUUAUCAAAGCAGUGGAAGACUACGGUGGUGGUGAAGUUGCUUGGAAGACCUAUAGGGUAUAGAAACCUCUGCAAUCUUUUAGAGUCCAUGUGGAAUUUUACUCAAGUGUUUGAUGUUAUUGAUCUUGAGAAUAAUUACUUCUUAGUACGUCUAAAAAAUGGUGGAGAUGUAGAGGCGGUUCUUAUAGGAGGUCCUUGGGUUAUGCUUGACCAUUACCUAUCAGUUUACAAUUGGAGUACUAAAUUUGAUUGUAUUACUGACAACAUUGAGAUAAUCCAAGCAUGGAUCAGAUUACCGGGAAUGCCAAUUCAUCAUUAUAAUAAAAAGGUCAUUCGUUACAUUGGUGAGAUGGUGGGUAAAGUGAUUAAAAUUGGUGAGAUAGUGGGUUCAGCUACUCUCAUAGAAUUGAGGCGGUGUGAUUCUCUUGUGGCAUUUGGAUUCUUUGGAGGCAUGAAAUUAAUAUUCUAUUCUAGACAAUAA